AUGGCGGCAAAAACUCUACUCAUAUCGGGUCUACGGAAAACAAUUGGUACGGGUCGAGACACGAGAGUUUGGAGUGAGCCUUGGGUUCCAGAUGAAGUGGCUCGACCACCUAGACCUGCUGACCACAUUGUAUACAGACUACCCCAACUUCUUGUUCAGUCCUUUAUUAGGAAUGAUACCAAGGAGUGGGAUACACAACUUUUACGGGAGUUCUUCCACCCAGAUGAUAUUCCUUUGAUACUUGGGCUAAAACCUUCUCGCUCUCGUUCUCCGGAUGGAUAUGUUUGGAAUCACACAAAAUCAGGAGUGUAUUCUGUUAAAACCGGUUAUGACCUUCUCCGAUCGAUCAAGUUGAGUCUUUCACAUGAAGCCGUUAUAGAACCAAGUAUCACAGGCCUACAGAGCCGUGUGUGGAAGAUAAAGGCCCCGAGCAAGAUGAAACAUUUUUUGUGGCAGGCGAGGAACGACAAACUCUUCAAUGGAAAAGACAUAUCCCCAAUCGACACUCUACGACACGCGACUCUUGAGGCAGAAUGUUGGAGGAAAGCCAACGAGCAGGAGGAAGCAAAUGAGGAUCAAGACGUUCCCCAUGCUUCGGAGGUUGAGACUGUGCCCCCUUGGAUGUCCCAAAUCCCUACCUGCCAAAUUGAUGCAUCAUGGAUCAAUAAUGGCAGCGUCAGUGGCUUAGGGUGGAGUCUUAAGGAUCAAAUGGGCUCAGGAUUUUUCGGAUUACGGGCGUGUCACAGGAGCCUCUCAUCUUUGCACGCUGAGAUGGAAGGCUUACUUUGGGCAGCCUCUUGUAUAUAUGAGAGACAGAAGGAUUACCUCGGUACGAUUUGA